GAAGUAUCAGUGAGAAAAAUGAGUCCGCUUCAUAUUCUCCUAGUCCUUAGUCUUUCUGAAAUCGUAAACUCUAUUACUCGAAAUUACUAUAUCGCAGUCAAAGAAGAGACAUGGGAUUAUGCACCCAGCGGCAUAAACGUCCUUACAAACCAGGAUCUGAAACGGGAUGAGAAUGCAGCAGUAUUUCUUACGAGGAGCAAAAACAGGAUUGGACGAUUGUACAAAAAGGCCAUCUAUAAACAGUUUACUGAUGCAACUUACUCAACCGAGGUUUCUAAACCUGACUGGCUUGGAUUUCUUGGCCCACUGCUUAGAGCAGAGGUGGAAGACUUGAUUAUUAUUCACUUCAAAAAUUUUGCAUCGCGUCCCUAUUCUUUACAUCCUCAUGGAGUUUUCUACAAGAAAGAUUCAGAAGGUGCUUUUUAUCCUGAUCAAACAUCAGGUAAAUAUAAGGUGGAUGAUGCUGUUCCACCAGGAGGAAGUCACAUCUAUACAUGGAUAGUCAAGAAAGAGUAUGCACCUACAGAUGCUGACCCAGCUUGUUUAACUUGGAUUUACCAUUCCCAUGUAGAUGCUCCAAAGGAUAUUUCCUCAGGUUUGAUCGGAGUGCUGUUAACAUGUAAAAAAGGAAGUUUGGAUGAUGUGACACUGAAACGUAAAGAUGUUGACCAGGACUUUGUCAUGAUGUUCAGUGUUGUGGAUGAAAAUCUGAGUUGGUAUUUAGAUGAUAAUAUAAAUAAAUACUGCACCCUGCCAUCUGCAGUUGACAAAGAUGAUGAAGCUUUUCAGGAAAGUAACAAAAUGCAUUCUAUCAAUGGUUUUCUUUUUGGAAAUUUGCCUGGGCUGAACAUGUGCCGUGGCCAGUCUAUUUCUUGGCAUUUGUUUUCAAUAGGAAAUGAAGUUGAUAUUCAUUCAGCAUACUUCCAUGGCCAGACUCUCAUUAACAAAGGUCAUAAAGUGGAUGUCAUUAGUCUUUUUCCAGCUACAUUUGUCACAGUACAAAUGGUUUCUAGGAAUGUUGGAAAAUGGCUGUUAAGCUGCCAAGUGAAUGACCAUAUUAAAGCUGGUAUGCAAGCAUUGUUUGUUGUGCAGGAAUGUGGGCACCAUUAUUCAGAAACCACACUUACUGGUAAAGAAAGAAACUACUUCAUUGCAGCUGAAAUAGACCAGUGGAAAUAUGGUCCAACAAACAAGAAUUUAUUUAAUGGUCAGCCACUAGAUGCAGAAGGAAGUGAUUCUGAGAUUUUCUUCAAGAGAAGUACUGAUAAAAUAGGAGGAGAAUACUGGAAAGUUCGUUAUGUUGAAUAUACCGAUGAAACCUUUAGCACUAGAAAAGAUCGAUCACAAAUGGAAGAUCACCUAGGAAUACUUGGUCCAGUAAUCAAAGCCGAAGUUGGAGACACCAUUUUUGUUACAUUUAUGAAUAAUGCAGACCGCGCCUACAGCAUUCAACCACAUGGUGUCUAUUUUACAAAGGAGUUUGAUGGAACAAGCUAUGUUGAUGGUUUUGAGAAAAAUGGUUCCCACGUAGAGCCUGGCACAUCCUUCAUGUACAAGUGGACAGUACCUGACCAUGUUGGACCUGCAGUGAACGACCCACCCUGCCUGACUUGGAUGUACUAUUCUGCCACCAAUCCAGUUGAGGAUACCAAUUCAGGCCUAAUUGGGCCACUGGUUGUUUGCAGACAGAAUACACUAAAUCCAGAUGGCUUACAGAAAGACAUUGAACAGGAGUUUUACUUGCUGUAUACAAUUUUUGAUGAAAAUCUUAGUUGGUAUCUUCCAAAGAAUUUGGAGACAUUCAUUCAAAAUAGUUCCAGCAUCGAUCAGGAGGAUGAAGAAUUUCAAGAAUCAAAUAAAAUGCAUGCCAUCAAUGGUUACAUGUUUGGUAACUUGCCUGGACUAGAAAUGUGCAAGGGUGACAAUGUCUCAUGGCAUUUGAUUGGACUUGGCACUGAAAUCGACAUGCAUGGAAUCUAUUUUCAAGGCAACACAAUCAAGUUCAAGGGGACCACACAUGAUGUAUUCAGUGUGUUCCCUCAUACUUCUGCAACAGUCUUCAUGCAGCCUGAUGAUAUUGGUACAUUUAAGGUGAUCUGCCGAACAGCUGAUCACUAUAUGGGUGGAAUGAAACACAUGUAUCAUGUUAGAAACUGCAAUAAAAGUGUCCCGGACCAGGUUUAUGAGACAAUUCGAACGUACUACAUUGCUGCAGUGGAACUUGAGUGGGACUAUUCUCCCGACAGGAACUGGGAGCUGGAAAGACACAAUGCAACCAAAGAAGAAAGGUGUUUUGGCCAUGUGUUUGUUGGUACAGGACAAGAUAAAAUUGGGCCCAGGUAUAAAAAAGUUGUUUAUAGGGAAUUUACAGAUGGAACGUUCAUCACACAGAAAACAAGACUGCCAGAAGAACAGCACUUGGAAAUACUCGGUCCAAUUAUUCGCGCAGAGGUUGGUGACAGUAUCAUGGUUAUAUUUAAGAAUUUAGCUUCCUUUCCUUACUCUAUCCAUCCACAUGGUGCAGAAGAGGUAAACAGUGGCAAACAUCUCAAAGUACCCGUUACUAAGCCAGGUGAAGUCAAGGUCUACAGAUGGAAUGUUCCAGAAAGAUCAGGACCUGGUAUUGGAGAUUCAAAUUGUAUCACCUGGAUUUAUUAUUCUGCAGUACGAUUUGUGAAGGAUCUAUACAGUGGUUUGGUUGGCCCACUGAUAACCUGCCGUAAAGGAGUACUCACAGAGACUGGCAUGAGGAAAGAUGUUGAUCGGGAAUUUGCUCUAUUGUUCAUGGUGUAUGAUGAAAAUGAAUCCUGGUACUUGGAUAACAAUAUUAUCACUUACCUCCAUGUGGACCCAACUAAAUUGAAGAAAACAGACGAAUUUGUGGAAAGCAAUAAAAUACAUGCAAUCAAUGGGAAGAUUUACGGAAAUCUUCAUGGACUGACUAUGGUUAAAGGAGAGAAGGUUGAUUGGUAUUUGCUGGGUAUGGGAAAUGAAGUAGACAUGCACACUGUUCAUUUCCAUGCCCAGAGUUUUAUCUAUAGGAUGGAUAACGAUUACCGAGCUGACGUGUAUGAUCUUUUCCCUGGAACAUUCCAGACCAUAGAAAUGAUUGCAUCGAAUCCUGGUACUUGGCUGUUGCAUUGUCACAUAGCUGAUCAUAUUCAUGCUGGCAUGGAAACCACUUAUACCAUCCUAAAUCAUACAGACCAAGGAUCCUGGGGUCAGAAGUUCUGA